CGCCGAGGCUCAGUGCCCUCCCCGCACCGCGGCGCCGGCUGCGAAGUUGAGCGAAAAGUUUGAGGCCGGAGGGAGCGAGGCCGGGGAGUCCACUCCAGCGGGGCGCUCCAGUCCCUCAGACGUGGGCUGAGCUUGGGACGAGCUGCGUUCCGCCCCAGGCCACUGUAGGGAACGGCGGUGGCGCCUCCCCAGCAAACCGGACCGACUGGGUAGGGCCGCCCACCCUGCCUUCGCGCCGCUCGUGGCUCCUGUGCGGCCCGCCCUCGCGGGGCCCCGGGGAACUGGGCCACUUGUCGCUUGGGCGAGAGCAGGCGGCAGCUGGUGGCCCGGCUCGGGCUCGGCACUCGCGCGACCCGGGAGCGGCUCCCACGAGCGCCGCGCGCGUCGCAACGGAGCGGGGCCCUGGGAGGCGCGCGCCGCGUCUCCCACCGCUCUGGAGCUCCGGGCAGGGGACAUGGCAACCUGGAUGGCUGGGGCAGGGAUCCUCUCCCAGAACUUCGUGCCCGGCAAUGUCCGCUCAAGUUCUGGGAUUUUUACGCAGCUGGACUCCCCUCCCCCUGGCAGCCCCGAGGGAUCCAGCCGCCGCAGGGAAUGACGCCGGUGCUCCUACAGCCAAGGCUCCGGGCGGGGAGGGCGAGCCCCACAGCCGGCCCUGCGACGCCCGCCUGGGCAGCACCGAUAAGGAGCUGAAGGCAGGAGCCGCCGCCACGGGCAGCGCCCCCACAGCGCAGGGGACCCCCUGGCAGCGGGAGCCGCGGGUCGAGGUUAUGGAUCCAGCGGGCGGCCCCCGGGGCGUGCUCCCGCGGCCCUGCCGCGUGCUGGUGCUGCUGAACCCGCGCGGCGGCAAGGGCAAGGCCCUGCAGCUCUUCCGGAGUCACGUGCAGCCCCUUUUGGCUGAGGCUGAAAUCUCCUUCACGCUGAUGCUCACUGAGCGGCGGAACCAUGCGCGGGAGCUGGUGCGAUCGGAGGAGCUGGGCCGCUGGGACGCUCUGGUGGUCAUGUCUGGAGACGGGCUGAUGCACGAGGUGGUGAACGGGCUCAUGGAGCGGCCUGACUGGGAGACCGCCAUCCGGAAGCCCCUGUGUAGCCUACCAGCAGGCUCUGGCAACGCGCUGGCAGCUUCCUUGAACCAUUAUGCUGGCUAUGAGCAGGUCACCAGUGAAGACCUCUUGACCAACUGCACGCUGUUGCUGUGCCGCCGGCUACUGUCGCCCAUGAACCUGCUGUCUCUGCACACGGCUUCGGGGCUGCACCUCUUCUCUGUGCUCAGCCUGGCCUGGGGCUUCAUUGCUGAUGUGGACCUAGAGAGUGAGAAGUAUCGGCGUCUGGGGGAGAUGCGCUUCACUCUGGGCACCUUCCUGCGUCUGGCCGCCCUGCGCACCUACCGCGGCCGACUGGCCUACCUCCCUGUAGGAGGAGUCGGCUCCAAGACACCUGCCUCCCCCGUUGUGGUCGAGCAGGGCCCCGUAGAUGCACACCUUGUGCCACUGGAGGAGCCAGUGCCCUCUCACUGGACAGUGGUGCCCGACCAGGACUUCGUGCUAGUCCUGGCGCUGCUGCACUCGCACCUGGGCAGUGAGAUGUUUGCUGCACCCAUGGGCCGCUGUGCAGCUGGUGUCAUGCAUCUGUUCUACGUGCGGGCGGGAGUGUCUCGGGCCAUGCUGCUGCGCCUCUUCCUGGCCAUGGAGAAGGGCAGGCAUAUGGAGUAUGAAUGCCCCUACUUGGUAUACGUGCCCGUGGUCGCCUUCCGCUUAGAGCCCAAGGAUGGGAGAGGUGUGUUUGCAGUGGAUGGGGAAUUGAUGGUUAGCGAGGCCGUGCAGGGCCAGGUGCACCCAAACUACUUCUGGAUGGUCAGUGGUUGCGUGGAGCCCCCGCCCAGCUGGAAGCCCCAGCAGACGCCACCUCCAGAAGAGCCCUUAUGACCCCUGGGCUGCGCUGUGCCUUAGUGUCUACUUGCAGGACGCUUCCUCCUUCCCCAGGGCUGCAGGGCCUGUCCACAGUUCCUGUGGGGUGGAGGAGACUCCUCUGGAGAAGGGUGAGAAGGUGGAGGCUAUGCUUUGGGGGGACAGGCCAGAACGAGGUCCUGGGUCAGGAGCCCAGCUGGCUGGGCCCAGCUGCCUAUGUAAGGCCUUCUAGUUUGUUCUGAGACCCCCACCCCAUGAACCAAAUCCAAAUAAAGUGACAUUCCCA